AUGGAUAAUGUAGUAAAAGAAUGUAUGGUGUGUCAAAUCGCUUGGGAUAACAAACGUCAUCAGCCAGUGGCGUUACCUGCUUGUGGACACAGUUUCUGCAGGCAUUGCCUCAUAAAGCUACGUGAUAUCAAGGAGUCUGUUGAGUGCCCCAUAUGCAAGAAAGCUCUUGUGGACAUGCAUCCUGAAGAUCUACCAACAAACUGGGCUUUACUACAAUCUGUUGAUUCCAAUCCCAAUUUGGAGUUUGAAGAGUGGGCAAGAGCAUCUGGUUUGACGGACUCAACCAUUAAAAAACUCGUGUCUGAGGAUUUAAAUUCAAGAGUGGUCCUCAAGUUGAUGAAGGAAAGUGAUGUCUGUCAACUAGGAUUGACUGUUGGUCAACAGAGGAUGUUGAUGGCAGUUGUGAAGAAGCUGAAAGACACCAAAGCAGGGGAGGACGACCAGAAAGCACCAUGUGAUGGCAGGAAGAAGCAGUCAACUGAUAAUGAUGCGACUCCGAAGAAGGAUCCAGGUGAAGAUCCUAAGAGUGAUGAUGGAAGCAGUGUUACUAAGAACUGCCUCAUUGUUGCUGCUGUUGAAGUGGGUGUGAUGAUUGCAACGCCGUUUGUUUUGCCAGCUAUUGGAUUCACGUCCGCGGGCAUUGCUGCUGGUUCCCUGGCGGGUACUAUGAUGUCUUCAGCCGCCAUAGCCAAUGGAGGAGCGAUUGCUGCAGGCAGUACUGUAGCUGUCCUGCAGUCAGCAGGUGCUGUUGCUGGAGCUGCAGCAGCUGCAGGUUUAGAUGUAGGUGCUGAGGCAGCUGCCCUAGGAGCCAAAGGCGAAAAGGACACAAAGAAUGAAAAAAAGAUGAAGACAGUGACAAAAGGGAACAAACCCAAUGACAAAAAAGACAAACACAAUGACAAAUAAUGAUUAUUGAAAAAAUGAAAAUGUCUAUGGAUGAAAUUAGGAUGAUCCAGUUGAUACUAUUUUUACUCUUUACUUUUAAAGGAACCAAUCAAUGAUGACAUACUCAUGAUUCUCUGAUUCAUUUUUGUAAUUAUUAUUAUUAUUAUUAUUACUAUUAUUAUUAUCAUUAUUAUUACUAUUAUUAUUACUAUUAUUAUUAU